AUGGGAGAUUGGAUGACUGUUACAGAUCCAGAAAGCAAAACUAUCUCUCAAUAUACCUCAGAAACAAAGAUGUCUCCAUCAAGUUUAUACUCACAGCAAGUGCUAUGUUCUUCAAUACCUUUAUCAAAAAAUGUGCACAGUUAUUUUAGUGCCUUCUGCACAGAAGAGAAUAUUGAGCAAAGUAUCUCAUAUCUUGAUCAGAAUCCAAAGGAAAGAGACAGACAAUUACAAUGCAAGAAUAGGAAUUUGCAUCAGCUACUGAAAAAUGAGAAAGAUGAGGUGCAGAAAUUACAAAAUAUCAUUGCAAGUCGAGCUACUCAAUAUAAUCAUGAUAUGAAGAGAAAAGAGCGUGAAUAUAACAAACUAAAGGAACGUUUACAUCAACUUGUUAUGAACAAGAAGGAUAAAAAAAUUGCUAUGGAAGUUUUAAAUUACGUGGGGAGAGUUGAUGGGAAAAGAGGCUCCUGGAGGACGGGUAAAACUGAAGCCAGGAACGAAGAUGAAAUGUAUAAAAUUCUCUUGAAUGAUUAUGAAUAUCGUCAGAAACAAAUCCUAACGGAAAAUGCUGAACUUAAGAAGGUUCUUCAGCAAAUGAAAAAGGAAAUGAUUUCUCUUCUUUCUCCCCCAAAGCAGAAACCUAGAGAAAGAGCAGAUGAUAGUACAGGAACUGUUAUCUCUGAUGUUGAAGAGGAUGCUGGGGAGCUGAGUAGAGAGAGUAUAUGGGACCUUUCCCGUGAGACUGUGAGAGAGCAGCUUACCAACAGCAUCAGGAAACAGUGGAGAAUUUUGAAAAGUCACGUGGAAAAACUUGAUAACCAAGUUUCAAAGGUACACUUAGAAGGUUUUAACGAUGAAGAUGUAAUCUCACGACAAGACCAUGAACAGGAAACUGAAAAACUCGAGUUAGAAAUUCAGCAGUGUAAGGAGAUGAUUAAAACGCAGCAGCAACUUUUACAGCAGCAGCUCACUACUGCAUGUGAUGAUGACACCACUUCACUGCUACGAGACUGUUACUUGUUGGAAGAAAAGGAGCGCCUCAAAGAAGAAUGGUCCCUAUUUAAAGAGCAGAAAAAGAAUUUUGAGAAGGAAAGACGAAGCUUUACAGAAGCAGCUAUUCGCCUAGGAUUGGAGAGAAAGGCAUUUGAAGAAGAAAGAGCCAGUUGGUUAAAGCAACAGUUUUUAAAUAUGACUACCUUUGACCACCAGAACUCAGAAAAUGUGAAACUUUUCAGUGCCUUCUCAGGAAGUUCUGAUCGGGACACCCCUACAUUACACUCGAGGUCACGGCAAAAGAAGCCUCAUGGUGUGCCUAGCGGGUCUCCAAUUUGCACGUCUAAACUGACUAAGUCUCUUCCUGCUUCUCCUUCUACUUCAGACUUUUGCCAGACACGUUCUUGUGCAUCUGAACAUAGUUCAAUCAAUGUACUGAAUAUCACCCCUGAAGAAACUAAGCCAAAUCAGGUUGCAAGAGAAUGUGCACAUCAGAAGUGGAGCAUGUCGUCAAGGCCUGGGUCACAGGAAGUUUGCUAUAGUGGAUGCUCCUCGACCUACACAAAUUCUCAUGUAGAGAAGGAUGAUUUACCUUAG